AUGUUUUUUUCUCUUCUGGUUUCAGUGUGUCAGGGGAUCAGCAACAGCCUGACACUGCUGGGGACUGAAGACAACCACUACAACAACCUGGUGAGGAUGUACAGCAACUGUACCGUGGUCCUGGAGAACCUAGAGCUCACCUACAUCCAGGACUACCAUGACCUGUCCUUCCUCAAGGUAAGGAGAUGGAGGGUUCGAUUCCUAUACCUUGCAGUGGUUCCUACCUAUCCACCUUCCCUAUGUCCUAUAGCUCCUCACCCUCUCUCUAAUCUAAGGUGACCUGAGAGAAAAUAGUGUUGCAGCCAUUUCAGUACUUUUCCUUCCGUGGCUUCUAGCUCCUAGUUGAAUGCACUGACUGUAAGUAACUCUGGAUAAGAGUCUGCUAAAUGACUACAAUGUCAAUGUAAUAGUCAGAAUAAAGCUUUUCUCUCCUUUGUGACUUUACUACCACCAACUGAACAAUGAUUGUAUUGCAAUUUUAACUGGAAUUACCUCCAACGUAGUACAGAGUAGGUUGCAUGACCACUAGACCAAACUCUGGCACGUUCCAUGAUUUCCCCCUUUAUCUCCCCAAUUUCGUGAUAUCCAACUGCGAUCCAAUUACGAUCUUGUCUCAUCGCUGCAACUCCCCAACGGGCUCAGGAGAGGCGAAGGUCGAGUCAUGCGUCCUCCGAAACAUGACCCGCCAAAACGCGCUUCUUAACACCUGCCCGCUUAACCCGGAAGCCAGCUGCACCAAUGCGUCGGAGGAAACACAGUUCAACUGACGACCGAAGUCAGCCUGCAGGCGCCCGGCCUGCCACAAGCAGUCGUUAGAGCGCGAUGAGCCAAGUAAAGACCCCCCGGCCAAACCCUCCCCUAACCUGGGCCAAUUGUGCGCCGCCAUAUGGGACUCCCGGUCACAGCCUGGGAUCGAACCCGGGUCUGCGAUGCAGCCAGUGCAUUCGGGAGGCCCUCCAUAAUAGUACUUCUAUUCAUUUCUAUGUUCUCCCUCCAGUCCAUUCAGGAGGUUGGAGGAUACGUUCUGAUCGCCCUCAACAAGGCAGCCAGCAUCCCUCUGGAGAACCUGCGUCUUAUCCGAGGACACUCCCUCUUCUUUGACAAGUAUGCCCUGGCUGUAAUUCUCAACUACGAGACGAACCACUCCUCUGUGACCCUCAACUACACCAGGGGCCUGAGGGAGCUGAAGCUGAGUGGACUGACAGGUUAGUGGGUGACUGGGAGGUCCAUUUCAGUGACUUAAAGUACUUUUAUGUAUUUGAGGUGCGCUUGAUUUAGCUUGGAGUUAGAAUGUUGGGGUCUAUAUAUCAUUGGUUCCAUUACACAGGCCAGACAACAUAUCUAUGUGUCCUUCUAUUUUGCACAGAGAUUCUCAAGGGAGGUGUGAAAAUUGCCCAAAAUCCUUUGCUGUGUAAUGUGGAGACCAUCCAGUGGUGGGACAUGGUAAAUAAGGCCAUAAACCCUAGUAUGGAGUUCAAACUGGAGAGCUAUGGCCGUUACUGUAAGUAUGCUAGCUUCAUUAACACUUAGUAUAGUAAUGAAUCCUUCUCUCCUUAGUGUUCAGUGGAAUCGUUUUGGGGUUGUUGUUUGUAUGUUGCACAACUAUUAUGAUAAUUCCAUAUGAUACAGCUUUCGGGUUUGUGAUUUAUAACCAAACUUGCAUGGCCAGGUUUAACCAUGGGUUACAACAGUAUUCUAUGAAUGACAUCAUUCAGAUGUUAGGCAGUGUUUUUCUCACCUUACAGGUGACAAGUGUGACCCGGGAUGCUACAAUGGAUCGUGCUGGUCGCCAGGACCAGAGAACUGUCAAACCUGUAAGGAUCCACUCUUCUCUCCCCGAAAUUAGCAUGAGAGUAGUCACACAAAAACCUCACAUGCUAUUUCUCUUGCAUGAUAUGAUAUUGGUAGAAUAUUUUGUUCAUGUUGAAAGUAUUUUGUCGCUUGCUCAUUUUCACCCACAGACCCUUGCGCUCAGUGAUGGGUGUGUUUUGUUGACUGGUCCUCUCUCUCCAACUCCCAUCUUUCCUCAGUUACCAAGCUGACGUGUGCAGAGCAGUGCUCUGGAAGGUGUAGAGGUCCUAAACCCAGCGACUGCUGUAAUGAACACUGUGCUGCAGGCUGCACCGGCCCUAGGCCUACCGAGUGUCUGGUGAGAGACUCUUCUGACUUCGAUGAAUUCAUCAUUUUCCAAAAGUUAUAAUCACAUAGGAAACACAUUUAAAAGACAACAGGCAGACCCACACCUGGGCUGCUCCAGAUAUUGUUGGCAAUAUUGCACACUCAUUGUGAUCGUAGUCUUUCAUUCUUGUAUUCAAAGGCCUGUAGAGACUUCCAGGAUGAUGGCACAUGUAAGGAUGCCUGCCCCCCUACCAUGCUCUACAAUCCCAACACCCACCAGCUGGCUUCCAACCCUAACGCCAAGUACACGUUCGGGGCCACUUGUGUGAAGAACUGCCCACGUAAGGCCAUCUACAUUAUCAAUGGGUUAAUAAAGAUGAGGUCUGCUCAGAAAGGUACAACGUUACUGAAUGGCCAGAUAGAAUUGGGAAUUGUGCUCUAUUUGUUACUUUCGCAUCUGCAACGUUCAGAACGUUUCACCUCAGUGAAUACACCCCAUUAUCUAGAAAACGCCCCCUCCACUGUACCUACAUGGUGAAGAGACUUUUGCCUAUAAUUGUCUGGAGUGGUGAAGGUGACUUUGGGUGACCCCUGACCUGUCCUGUGAUUGGUUGUUUCUUAUAGAUAACUAUGUGGUGACGGACCACGGGGCAUGUGUCAGAACAUGCAGCGGCAACACACACGAGGUGGAGGAAAAUGGUGUCAGGAGGUGCAAGAAGUGUGACGGAAUCUGUCCGAAAGGUAAAAUAUUGCAAAUGUAACUGUCUGUUUUUAUUUGAUUUAUUUUACCUUUAUUUAACCAGGUAAGCCAGUUGAGAACUGCGACCUGGCCAAGAUUAAGCUGGGCAACAUAAAUGUGCUUUAUUUUCAACUUUGCUAGCUGUGUCAUUUCUAAACCUCAUAAUGCUGCAUUGGAUCGUCAAUGAUUUCAAUGUUUUUGUGUUCUUCUCAUCUAGUUUGCGAUGGACUUGGAAUGGGGCUGCUUACUAAGGUCUUGUCAAUCAACGCAUCUAACAUUGAUUAUUUCAAAAACUGCACCAAAAUCAAUGGAGAUGUUUCAAUUUUCCAGAUAUCUUUGGAUGGGUAAGGAUUAACAAUCGCAUUGUACGGUGUGUCCAUGGGCUGUCCUAAUAUGCACACUGUAACAGUGAAAUACAAUGCAAUUUACUCUGUGUUCAUUCAAAUUACUUUGAAUAAACUUUAAAUGACUGUGUUUUGAACUACUUCCUCUAAUAUAUGUACAGUGCCUUCGGAAAGUAUUCAGACCCCUUGACUUUUUCCACAUUUUGUUACGUUAAAGCCUUAUUCUGAAAUGGAUUUAAAAAAAAAAAUUAAAAAAAAUCAGCAAUCUACACACAAUACCCUUUAAUGAAAAAGCGAAAACAGGUUUAGACAUUUUUGCAAAUGUAUAACAAAAAAAAAAACGGAAAUAACUUAUUUACGUAAGUAUUCAGACCCUUUGCUAUGAGACUCAAAAUUGAGCUCAGGUGCAUCCUGUUUCCAUUGAUCAUCCUUGAGAUGUAUCUACAACUUGACUGGACUCCACCUGUGGUAAAUUCAAUUGAUUGGACAUGAUUUGGAAAGGCACACACCUGUCUAUAUAAGGUCCCACAGUUGACAGUGCAUGUCAGAGCAAAAACCAAGCCAUGAGGUCGAAGGAAUUGUCCGUAGAGCUCCGAGACAGGAUUGUGUCGAGGCACAGGUCUGGGGAAGGGUACCAAAAAAUGUCUGCAGCAUUGAAGGUCCCCAAGAACACAGUGGUCUCCAUCAUUCUUAAAUGGAAGAAGUUUGGAACCACCACGACUCGUCCUAGAGCUGGCCGCCCGACCAAACUGAGCAAUCGGGAGAGAAGGGCCUUGGUCAGGGAGGUGAUCAAGAACCUGAUGGACACUCUGACAGAGCUCUAGAGUUCCUCUGUGGAGAUGGGAGAACCUUCCAGAAGGACAACCAUCUCUACAGCACUCCACCAAUCAGGCCUUUAUGGUAGAGUGACCAGACGGAAGCCACUCCUCAGUAAAAGGCACAUGACAUCCCGCUUGGAGUUUGCCAAAAGGCACUUAAAGACUCUCAGACCAUGAGAAACAAGAUUCUCUGGUCUGAUGAAACCAAUAUUGAAUUCUUUGGCCUGAAUGCCAAGCGUCACAUAUGGAGGAAACCUUGCACCGUCCCUACGAUGAAGCAUGGUGGUGGCAGCAUCAUGCUGUGGGGAUGUUUUUCAGCGGCAGGGACUGGGAGACUAGUCAGGAUCGAGGGAAAGAUGUACGGAGCAAAGUACAGAGAGAUCCUUGAUGAAAACCUGCUCCAGAGCGCUCAGGACCUCAGACUGGGGCGAAGGUUCACCUUCCAACAGGACGACGACCCUAAGCACACAGCCAAGACAAUGCAGGAGUUGCUUCGGGACAAGUCUCUGAAUGUCGUUGAGUGGCCCAGCCAGAGCCCGGACUUGAACCCAAUCGAACAUCUCUGGAGAGUCCUGAAAAUAGCUGUGCAGCAAUGCUCUCCAUCCAACCUGACAGAGCUUGAGAGGAUCUGCAGAGAAGAAUGGGAGAAACUCCCGAAAUACAGGUGUUCCAAGCUUGUAGCGUCAUACCCAAAAAGACUCAAGGCUGUAAUCGGCGCCAAAGGUGCUUCAACAAAGUACUGAGUAAAGGGUCUGAAUACUUAUGUAAAUGUCAUAUUUCAGUUUUUCAAUCAAUUUUAGAAUAAGGCUGUAACCUAACAAAAUGUGGAAAAAGUCAAGGGGUCUGAAUACUUCCCGAAGGCACUGUAUGUAUAUACGUAUAUAUGUGUGUGUAUAAUAUGUGUCUUUGUAAUUGCUUCUCUCAGUGAUAGGUACACAUCAACACCAAAAAUGGACCCUGCUAAACUGGAAUAUUUCAAGACUGUGAAGGAAAUUUCAGGUAGAACAGAUGUUUAACUUAUGUUCAAUUGUUUUGUAAUUCAUCCAAGAGUAACAAAAGCAAAGACAAUGCUUGAUUACAUUUAUUUUUGUUAUUUUCCUAAAGGGUUUUUGCUGAUACAAGCUUGGCCCGAGCACCUCGACUCUCUCAGUCCAUUUGAAAACCUAGAGAUUAUCAGAGGAAGGACCAAACAUUUGUAAGUGUAUCUCUGUCAAAUCAAAUCAAAUUUUAUUUGCCACAUGCGCCGAAUACAACAGGUGUAGACCUUACAAUGAAAUGCUUACUUAAAAGCCGUUAACCAACAAUGCAGUUUUAAGAAAAGAAGGAGUGUUGUAUGGCAUUGAAGCUCGUUUGGAGGUUUGUUAACACAGUGUCCAAUGAAGGGCCAGAUGUAUACAAAAUGGUGUCGUCUGCGUAGAGGUGGAUCUGAGAAUCACCAGCAGCAAGAGCGACAUCAUUGAUAUACACAGAGAAAAGAGUCGGCCCAAGAAUUGAACCCUGUGGCACCCCCAUAGAGACUGCCAUAGGUCCAGACAACAGGCCCUCCGAUUUGACACAUUGAACUCUAUCUGAGAAUUAGUUGGGAACCAGGCGAGGCAGUCAUUUGAGAAACCAAGGCUCUUUAGUCUGCCAAUAAGAAUGCGGUGAUUGACAGAGUCAAAAGCCUUUGCCAAGUCGAUGAAGACGGCUGCACAGUACUGUCUAUUAUCGAUCGUGGUUAUAAUAUCGUUUAGGACUUUGAGCGUGGCUGAGGUGCACCCAAGACCAGCUCGGAAACCGGAUUGCAUAGCGGAGAAGGUACGGUGUGAUUCGAAAUGGUCGGUGAUCUGUUUGUUAACUUGGCUUUCAAAAACUUUCGAAAGGCAGGGCAGGAUGGAUAUAGGUUGCAGCGGAGGGUGCAGAGCUGGUGACCGGGGUAGUGGUAGCCAGGUGGAAAGCAUGGCCAGCCGUAGCAAAAUGCUUGUUGAAAUUCUCGAUUAUUGUAGAUUUAUCGGUGGUGAUAGUGUUUCCUAGCCUCAGUGCAGUGGGCAGCUGGGAGGAGGUGCUCUUAUUCUCCAUGGACUUUACAGUGUCCCAAAACUUUUUGGAGUUAGUGCUACAGGAUGCACAUUUCUGUUUGAAAAAGCUAGCCUUUGCUUUCCUGUCUCAUCGUUGUCGGUGAUCAGGCCUACCACUGUUGUGUCAUCUGCAAACUUAAUGAUGGUGUUGGAGUCGUGCUUGGCCAUGCAGUCAUGGGUGAACAGGGACUACAGGAGGGGACUGAGUACGCACCCCUGAGGGGCCCCCGUGUUGAAGAUCAGCGUGGCAGAUGUGUUGUUACCUACCCUUACCACCUGGGGGCGGCCCGUCAGGAAGUCCAGGAUCCAGUUGCAGAGGGAGGUGUUUAGUCCCAGGGUCCUUAGCUUAGUGAUGAGCUUUGAGGGCACUAUGGUGUUGAACGCUGAGCUGUAGUCAAUGAAUAGCAUUCUCACGUAGGUGUUCCUCUUGUCCAGGUGGCAAAGGGCAGUGUGGAGUGCAAUAGAGAAUGCAUCAUCUGUGGAUCUGUUGGGGCGGUAUGCAAAUUGAAUGACCAGCCUUUCAAAGCACUUCAUGGCUACAGACGUGAGUGCUAUGGGUCGGUAGUCAUUUAGGCAGGUUAUCUUAGUGUUCUUGGGCACAAGGACUAUGGUGGUUGGUAUUACAGACUCAGUCAGGGACAUGUUGAAAAUGUCAGUGAAGACACUUGCUUAAAAGUCUUACUCACAUCGGCUACGGAGAGCGUGAUCACAUAGUCAUCCGGAACAGCUGAUGCUCUCAUGCAUGCUUCAGUGUUGCUUGCCUCAAAGCGAGCAUAGAAGUGAUUUAGCUCGUCUGGUAGGCUUGUGUCACUGGGCAGCUCGUGGCUGUGCUUCCCUUUGUAGUCUGUAAUAGUUUUCAAGCCCUGCCACAGCCGACGAGCGUCGGAGCCGGUGUAGUACGAUUCAAUCUUAGUCCUGUAUUGACUCUUUGCCUGUUUGAUGGUUCGUCGGAGGGCAUAGCGGGAUUUCUUAUAAGCGUCCGGGUUAGAGUCCCGCUCCUUGAAAGCGGCAGCUCUACCCUUUAGCUCAGUGCGGAUGUUGCCUGUAAUCCAUUGCUUCUGGUUGGGGUAUGUACGUACGGUCACUGUGGGGACGACGUCAUCGAUGCACUUAUUGAUGAAGCCAGUGUCUGAUGUGGUGUACUCCUCAAUGCUAUCGGAAGAAUCCCGGAACAUAUUCCAGUCUGAACUAGCAAAACAGUCCUGUAGCUUAGCAUCUGCGUCAUCUGACCACUUCCUUAUUAACCGAGUCACUGGUGCUUCCUGCUUUAGUUUUUGCUUAUAAGCAGGAAUCAGUAAAUAUAGAGUUAUGGUCAGAUUUGCCAAAUGGAGGGCGAGGGAGAGCUUUGUACGCGUCUCUGUGUGUGGAGUAAAGGUGGUCUAGAGUUUUUUCCCUCUGGUUGCACAUUUAACAUGCUGGUAGAAAUUAGGUCGAACAGAUUUAAGUUUCCCUGCAAUAAAGGCCCCGGCCACUAGGAGCGCUGCCUCUGGAUGAGCGUUUUCUUGUUUACUUAUGACCUUAUACAGCUCAUUGAGUGCAAUCUUAGUGCCAGCAUCGGUUUGCGGUGGUAAAUAGACAGCUACGAAAAAUCUUGGUAAAUAGUGUGGUCAUUAAUCAAUCCUACACUGAGGUGAUGUUCAAUAUGUCUGCUUCAGAAGAUGCUGCAUGACACCUCUGCUAUUGUCACAACUAUGAAACUUGGUUUUUGAAAUAAUUGUUUCUAUGGGGUUCGGUUCAUGAUUGAUAGCAAAAACUCAAAAGCCUAGAAGAUAAAGCGUGAGCUGGCUUGAGAGGUUCCCUGCUGUAUGAUAUUUCAGCAACUUCACAUUGUUCAAUUAUAUGUUUGGGCUAGCUAGAGUAGCACUAAGCUAACCUAGUAAACUAACAUGACCUUUUCUCUUCCCGUAGUGGUCAGGUGAGUUUCGCUGCCCUCAACAUGGCCCAUCUGAAGUAUCUAGGCCUCCAGUCUCUGCGAGAGAUCAGCGAUGGCAACGUUGUGGUGAAGGACAACUCCCAGCUCUGCUACACCAACGGAGACCACUGGAAGGGCCUGUUCAGAUUGGACAAACAGUCCUCAAGGGUCGGCAACAACGCCGACAUCAGCACCUGUGGUAAGCAAGGACAAUGA